AAAGCGGGACGAUUGACGCGUAUGCUCAUAAGGAUUAAAAAAAAUGUAACUGCGUUGACAUUUUUCGUCAGUAGAUGGCGACAUUGUACAAAACACAGUUUACGAGCCGCCAAGAACACACAACAGAAGAAGCCACUGAUAACAUGGGAUGCUUCAGAGUCACACACUCACACAGUUAGGAAACAUGGCAAACUUGUGUGCUCAUAAAGUAGCAUUUUCGCUCAUCUUGUUGCUCAUGUCAACUUUCCCGGCCCAAGCUACGGAGGAGCAGACGAGAACGACGGAGUUUGACGUGAGACCAGGUGGAAUGGUGCAAACAUUCACCGACUCUAUUGGAGGGUAUGCGUGCUCCUUCCUCUGCGCUGCGCAAGGGGGAACCAACGAGAAAUGGCUAAUGAGUGUGGGCCUCAGCGAUGACGACAAGCUGUUUUCUUGCUCUGUGUGGAGGCCUACGGGGAUAUCAUACCUGUUUUUCACUCAGUUCAAAAUGGAGUUGGAAGGAACCAAAAUUGAACAUGCAGAUGCUUUCUCUCAAGCAGCGGUGACACCAGGACAGGGUAACGUGGCUCUUGGUCCGGAAGAAUACACCGUAGGAGAGUCCACAGUGACCCACACGGAUGGAAGGUUCAAAGCUCAACUGGCCAAGCUGAUGGUGGUCGGACGCACGCGGCACGAAGAGCUGUGAGCGAGCGAGUGAGCCAUCUUUCCCGGCUGAACGCUUCUUCUGCAUUUCAGCUCGCUCGUACACGGUGGAUCCAUCUUCAGAGAGAAUUGCUGACAUGACUUUAAAUAAUGGUGGUGAUGAUGACGGGAUAUUUGACCCUUCCAAACAAUAUCAAUAUCCUUUUUAUUUCCUCCUCAUGAUGAUGCUUUUUCAUGAAAAGGCCGUUUGUGGAUCUUCCGGUGUUGUAAUCCACUGGGGCUGUUCCAUAAGGGAAUAUAGUAUAGAGAUACACACUCUAGAUUGCAUAUUUACAGGUCAGGGAGUACUGUAAUUCUCAGCAGCAUCACAUUCCUCUAUCUGACUUUAUGCAAGCAUAUUAGGAUGCAUCACAAAUCACCUCUACUUGCUUACUUUCUCGGGGGUGUUUUUAGCCGGAAGGGAUACUUGGAACGGGGAACGGCUUGUUAAAAAUGAUAUCUGAAGAGGAGUGGGUGUGUUUUUGAUCAAUCUUAACUGUGAAAUUGAUUGUUAAAGGUUCGGAAAACUAACAAAUGGAUCGCUUUCAUCCUUGUCACGAUGUGUCCAAGCCUGUUGCUGGCAUCCUCCAGAGUCAAUACAGAAUUGAGCAUCAUUUCAGGUCCCUGUUGAGAGAUAAAAAGCAAAACACAUGUGAUGUUUGUACCUUCUUGGCUUUGUUCUCAUCCCGCCCAAGAGGCCCAAGUAGAUGGGGAAACGGGGGUCCUAACAGGAAGUAAACCACAUCCAGGUGAUGGCUGAAAAAGAAACACACACACAAAGAUACUCUUUAAGACGAUUUUUUUGCCGGAGCUCGCACAACUAUGUGAAGCUACGGGACACGCUUCCGGUCAAAGCUACCCGACACCGAGAAAAAUUAGGUGGAAAUUUGUCAUUCGAUUUCCAUCUUUAUACUGUAACUACAGGAGCAAGUUUUCAAUUCCGUGAUGGUUUAUUCAGAUCGUCUGGUGUUGCUGGAAACACAACUUUUUGUGUACUGGUACUGGAAAGGAAAUCCAUUGAUUAGCCAUACAUCGCAUGAGUAUCAGAAACUCAACGAAUGCGCUGCUCCUAAUUUGAAGUUUCAACGCAAACAUCCGCUCUGAACACGGAAGUACCACGCUCUUAAUGUAUUAGCAGGGUUGCGAGAUCUCGGAAAAAAAUCUUUUUUUAGCCAUCAAUUUUUUUCUCCAUGUUCCCUCGGUUGCUCCGUAAAAUAUGUAAAUGGUUGCUUUUUCUACAAUUUCUGUUGUGAUUCCUGAGAGGUGACUCAAUAAAGUUGUUCUGAGAA